UUUGACCAGUGGAGCCACAAAGAUCCGAAGGGGCGGGAGAGACGCACGCUGGACGGACAGAGUGUCCCGCUGGAGAAGUCUGGAUUCAGGGGGACGGUACCGAGGAGUCAAAACGACUGCAGCCUUUAACAAGGAUGUAAUGGUGGCCAUCAUGGUUCGGAUAAGGUUGAGUUUCAACAUGGACUCAUUUCUCAUAAUAUGCUGCAUUCUUUGUUUCACCUGCACAGGCGCCUCGGAGACGGAGCGAAGACUCCACCAGAAGUUGUUCCAGGACUACAACGUGAAGGUCAGGCCGGCGCGCCACUGGAAGGAGAGGGUGACGGUGCGCGUGGGGAUGACGCUGUCCCAGCUCAUCGGCUUGAAUGAAAAGAACGGCGAGAUGACAACAAACGUGUUUAUGAAUCUGAACUGGACAGACUACAGGUUGUCAUGGAAACCGGAGGAAUACGACAACAUUGCUGUUGUGAGGAUUCCUCCCAACAAGGUGUGGCGUCCUGACAUCUACCUCAUAAACAAUCACGACGGGCAGUUUGACGUGGCUCUGUACGUUAACGUCUUGGUUUACAGUAACGGUAUGGUCUCUUGGUUGCCACCUGCCAUCUACCGUAGCUCCUGCUCCAUUGAGGUGGCAUAUUUCCCAUUUGAUUGGCAAAACUGCAGCAUGGUUUUCCGUUCGUACACCUACGACGCUUCAGAGGUCGACCUGCAGGUCUACCUUGAUGAGAACGGGACAGAAAUCCAUGAGAUCGUCAUCGAUAAAAAUGCUUUCACAGAGAAUGGAGAAUGGGCCAUUCGUCACAAACCAAGCAGGAAGAACGUUGGAGACGAUCUGUACGAGGACAUCACCUUCUACCUCAUCAUAGAGCGGAAGCCGCUCUUCUACAUCAUCAACAUCAUCGUUCCCUGCAUCCUCACCAGCGUGUUGGCUAUAUUCGUCUUCUACCUGCCUCCUGGGGCAGGGGAGAAGAUGACUCUCUCCAUUUCCGUCCUGAUCGCUCUCACUGUCUUUAUGUUGCUGCUGGCCGACAAAGUCCCUGAAACUUCACUCGGCAUCCCCAUCAUCGUCAACUACGUCAUGUUCACCAUGAUCCUGGUCACCUUCUCCGUCAUCCUGAGCGUGGUCGUCCUCAACCUGCACCACCGAACGCCCAGCACCCACAUCAUGCCAAACUGGGUCAGAAAGGUGUUCAUUCACAUCCUGCCCAGAUACAUUGGCAUGAUGAGACCAAACCCAGAAGAACCUUUACUGGAGGAGGACUCUGAGAAGGACGACAUAUCGUUCCGUGGUUUCAGUGGACGCCAACCUGGAGGAGAGUACUUCUUCCGCAAGAUCAACCCUGACCUUGUCUUACCAUGGAGAGGGAGGUGUGAGAGCACAGUGCAGCUCCAGCAGCUCCCGGACUCGGACCGGUUCUGCCUGAUCCUCCCUCCCAACCUGAAGUCGGCCAUCGACGCCGUGACCUACAUAGCCGAGCAGCUGAAGAAGCAGGACACGGACGAUUCAAUGACAGGAGACUGGCAGUUCAUCGCCCUGGUGGUGGACCGCCUCUUCCUGUGGCUGUUUGUCAUCAUCACCACCCUGGGAACCCUGGCCGUGUUCCUGGAUGCCAGUUUUAAUUACACACCGGACAACCCGUUCCCAUAAAGGACAGCAUCGCUAAAACACGCUGUGCAGGUCAAACGCUCCCCAAGUCGGACUUUCCUUGACCAAACGGUUCUGUUUUGUUCUGGUCAGCUUGUUUUGUGAAGUUGCCUUUCUCUGAAAAGUAAACAGAUGCCAAAUGUUGAAUCAAAUGUGUUAUUUUUCUACAAUUUAUGUAUUCAGUCCAGUUUUAUGAAGCCAAAAACUUGAAUUUUGUGCAUUUUGCACUUAAAACUCACUGGGUGUAGUUUAUAUUUUUAUCCAGUAGAGGGCAGUGUAUAUAUUUUAAUCAAGUCUGCGGCUGUUUCAUGUGUUAUUGCUGCACUUCUGUUGUUGUGUUUAAGAAAGCCACAUUCUGAAGCAGGGAUUUUACUAUAAUUAUUAUAAUUACAUGUCUCUUUAGUGUUUUUAUUGGAUUUUGAGUCAGAUCCAAAUGAAAACUGCAGUUUUAUUUGAUAAAAUCCUUAAAGGGAUUUACUUUCCUGUCCCUUUGGUUUUGUUUGAGAUACAUUUCUUAUUACUGGCUCUCAAAGGUGUACAUGUUUUAAAAUAAAAACCAUUUUACUGUUAGUACAAAACAUCCACUUGCAUUCACAGAUCAUGUUAAAUCAGACCAAUGUUGCUACCAUAAUUAGCUUUAGUUGCUACUUUUUUUUCUCUGUGUCUGAGCAAAAUGAAAGCGAUAGCCUUAGGAAGGAUUUACAGUAUAAGCUGAAUUUGAACUUCCCUUCCAUCCACAUCAUGAGUAGCAUUAGCUUAAAGUGACUUUUUAGGACAAAUUUACACAGGUUGAGUCAUGUAACGGAUAAAAUAACGUUUUGACCUAUACAUUAAUGUAGUGCAGUUAAAAGAAAAAACGUUUAUGUGGAAAACAGUGAGACUCACACAAUCAACCAGUUGCUGAUUUAAAGAUGGUUAUUCAGGGUAAACAUGCAUUUGAACAAACCUGAGUAACAAUGCUGGUCAGAAGUGGAGCAUAAAUGUAUUGGUUUGGUCAGAGUGUUUGUGCAUUAGAUUAGCCUGCAGUUUUUGUCAUAAGUGGUAUUUUCCUUGAAUUACAGACACAUUGGUUAGAACUGCAAACUGAUGCUUUCAGUCAGUGUUUCUCCUCUUCUUUGUUGGAUAAGUCUGCAUUUAAAUUUUUACUUUAUUAAUUGAAACUGGAUUAUUAAGACUAAAGUGUCUGUAGUGGCACAUCUAAGUUUGGUUUUGUAAAUAAAACUUCUUCACUC